CUGGGAGCCGAGUGCGGAGCCAGCUAGCUGCCAGCUGCGCCACUCGCCGGUACCACCACUCUGACAGACCCCUGCGCACGCAGCCCAGGUGAGUGUUGGCAGUGUGGGCCACUGGUGAGGCUGUGCGUGCAGGGGAGCCCCCUCACCACACUCCUAUUCUCUGCUUUUUCCAGCUGUCCAGACAGUGACCAUGUCCGCCACGGAGGAGGGGAGCCGGGAGGCCCCCAAGGCCAAGGGCAAGACUCUAAGCAGCUUCUUCGGGUCUCUGCCCGGCUUCAGCUCCGCUCGGAACCUAUUAGCCAACGCCCACAGCUCUGUAAGAGAGGCUCGGCCAAGCGUGGACACCACGGGUGCCAAGUCCCAGGUUUCAGGGGUUGCCGAGCUGGAGCCGAAGGCCAGCGCGACAGAGAAGCCUCCUUCAGAACAGAUGACAUCUGGGGACAAGGACCCAGCAAGUUUCACGAUGACCAGAGCCAAGGAUUCGCUCAGCUCGGGGCUGGCCAGCAUGGUGGACACUGCUAAAGGGGUGGUCCAGGGAGGCCUGGACACGAGCCGCUCAGCUCUUACAGGCACAAAGGAGGCGCUAACGGGCGGGCUCCAGGGAGCGCUAGAUGCGGCUAGGGGAGCUGUCCAGGGAGGUCUGGACACCUCGAAGGCGGCUGUCAUGGGCACCAAGGACACCAUGUGUGUCGGGUUUACGGGGGCCAUGAACGUGGCCAAGGGCACUGUCCAGACGGGCAUGGACACGUCUAAGGCUGCAUUGACCGGCUCCAUGAACGUGGCCAAGGGAGCUGUGCAAGGGAGUGUGGACACAGCCAAGACAGCACUGACUGGCACCAAGGAUGCCAUGUCUGCUGGGCUCACAGGGGCCAUGAACAUGGCCAAGGGCACUGUCCAGACGGGCAUGGACACGUCUAAGGCUGCAUUGACCGGCUCCAUGAAUGUGGCCAAGGGAGCUGUGCAAGGGAGUGUGGACACAGCCAAGACAGCACUGACUGGCACCAAGGAUGCCAUGUCUGCUGGGCUCACAGGGGCCAUGAACAUGGCCAAGGGCACUGUCCAGACGGGCAUGGACACGUCUAAGGCUGCAUUGACCGGAUCCAUGAACGUGGCCAAGGGGGCAGUCCAGGGAAGUCUAGACACCGCCAAGACUGUGCUGACUGGCACCAAGGACACAGUGUCCAGUGGGCUCACAGGGGCCAUGAACAUGGCUAAAGGUGUGGUCCAGACGGGCAUGGACACGUCUAAGGCUGCGUUGACUGGCUCCAUGAAUGUGGCCAAGGGAGCUGUGCAAGGGAGUGUGGACACAGCCAAGACAGCACUGACUGGCACCAAGGACACCGUGUCUGCUGGGCUCACAGGGGCCAUGAACGUGGCUAAGGGCACUGUCCAGACGGGCAUGGACACGUCUAAGGCUGCGUUGACCGGCUCCAUGAACGUGGCCAAGGGAGCUGUGCAAGGAAGUGUGGACACAGCCAAGACAGCACUGACUGGCACCAAGGACGCCAUGUCUGCUGGGCUCACAGGGGCCAUGAAUGUGGCCAAAGGUGUGGUCCAAACGGGCAUGGACACAUCUAAGGCUGCGUUGACCGGCUCCAUGAAUGUGGCCAAGGGGGCAGUCCAGGGAAGUCUAGACACCGCCAAGACUGUGCUGACUGGCACCAAGGACACCGUGUCCAGUGGACUCACAGGAGCCAUGAACGUGGCCAAAGGGGCCAUCCAAGUUGGCAUGGACACGUCUAAGACUGCACUGACCGGCUCCAUGAACGUGGCCAAGGGAGCUGUGCAAGGGAGUGUGGAUACAGCCAAGACUGUGUUGACUGGCACCAAGGACACCGUGUCUGCUGGGCUCACAGGGGCCAUGAACGUGGCUAAGGGCACUGUCCAGACGGGCAUGGACACGUCUAAGGCUGCAUUGACCGGAUCCAUGAAUGUGGCCAAGGGGGCAGUCCAGGGAAGUCUAGACACCACCAAGACUGUGCUGACUGGCACCAAGGACACCGUGUCAGCUGGGCUCACAGGGGCCAUGAACGUGGCCAAAGGUGUGGUCCAGACGGGCAUGGACACAUCUAAGGCUGCAUUGACUGGCUCCAUGAAUGUGGCCAAAGGAGCUGUGCAAGGGAGUGUGGAUACAGCCAAGACUGUGCUGACUGGCACCAAGGACACAGUGUCCAGUGGACUCACAGGAGCCAUGAACGUGGCCAAAGGGGCUGUCCAAGUUGGCAUGGACACGUCUAAGACUGCAUUGACUGGCUCCAUGAAUGUGGCCAAGGGAGCUGUGCAAGGGAGUGUGGAUACAGCCAAGACUGUGCUGACCGGCACCAAGGACACAGUGUCAGCUGGGCUCACAGGGGCCAUGAACAUGGCCAAGGGCACUGUCCAGACGGGCAUGGACACGUCUAAGGCUGCGUUGACUGGCUCCAUGAAUGUGGCCAAGGGAGCAGUCCAGGGAAGUCUAGACACCACCAAGACUGUGCUGACUGGCACCAAGGACACCGUGUCCAGUGGGCUCACAGGGGCCAUGAACGUGGCCAAAGGUGUGGUCCAGACGGGCAUGGACACAUCUAAGGCUGCGUUGACCGGCUCCAUGAACGUGGCCAAGGGAGCAGUCCAGGGAAGUCUAGACACCACCAAGACUGUGCUGACUGGCACCAAGGACACCGUGUCCAGUGGGCUCACAGGGGCCAUGAACGUGGCCAAAGGUGUGGUCCAGACGGGCAUGGACACAUCUAAGGCUGCGUUGACCGGCUCCAUGAACGUGGCCAAGGGAGCUGUGCAAGGGAGUGUGGACACAGCCAAGACUGUGCUGACUGGCACCAAGGACACCGUGUCAGCUGGGCUUACAGGGGCCAUGAACGUGGCCAAGGGCACUGUCCAGACAGGCAUGGACACGUCUAAGGCUGCAUUGACCGGCUCCAUGAAUGUGGCCAAGGGCGCUGUCCAGGCUAGUGUGGACACCUCGAAGUCGUUCCUCGCUGGCAGCAAGGCUUCCGUCAGUAGUGGGGUUACCAGUGUCAUGAACGUCACCAAAGGGGUUGUCCAGGGGAGCUUAGACACCUCAAAAGCUGUCACCAUUGACACCAAAGACGCCAUGUUCACUGGGCUCACGGGCGCAGUGAGCCUGGCCAAGGGAGCUGCUGGGAGUGGGCUGAACACGGCCCACAGCAUGGUGGCCAGUGCUGUGAGCAUGGCCCAGGGGGCUGUCCAGGGUGGCCUGGAUGCCACCAAGACUGUGUUGGCUGGCUGCAAGGACACAGGGUCCCUGGGAUACCCUGGCCAGCAUCCUAUGCCCCAUGCCUCUACCUGGGGGGCGGCAGGUGGAGGAAGCAGUGAGCUGACUGCUCUGCCCUCUGGUGCCUCCAGCCCCCCAGACCUUCUCUCUGCAGGUCUGGAGUUCACCCAGGAAGCCAUCACCGACACCCAUGACAUUAUAUCUGACUUGGCCCCACUCGCCCGAGGUGCAGCUCUGGCCUGCGAAGGGGUCAGGCAGGUGGCAGCAGCGGGUGACCGCGAGGGAGCUGCAGGCUUUGCCAUGCUACGGGACGAGUUUGAGGGGCUUGGGGAGAUCUUCCACCCCAUGAGUGCCGAGGAACAAGCUCAGCUGGCUGCCUCGGAGCCCGAGCCCAAGGUGCUCUCGGCUGACCGGGGGAACUUCUAUGUCCGACUGGGAGACCUGGCCCCCGCCUUCCGGCAGCGCGCCUUUGAACACGCCUUGAGCCACCUGCAACAUGGCCAGUUCCAAGUGAGAGACGCUCUGGCCCAGCUUCGUGACUCCUGUCAGCUGAUGGAGCAGAGUGCGCAGGUGCUGGACAUGCAGCCGUGUCAGCACCUAGGCUCAGGUCCCAACGUGGAGUACACGGAUCCACUACAGGGGCGUGACGCUGCCGCGGCCCUGUCCCGGGCCUGCAGCCUCAUCCAACGGCUCCACAGAGCCUAUAGUGGCCUGGCCUCAGGCCUGCAGGGCCUCCCCCCGGAGCUGCAGCAGCAGCUGGGGCAGGCGCGGCACGGCCUCUGCCAGCUCUAUGGCCUCGUGUCUGGGGCCAGGGAUGCGCGCGAGCUGCCAGCUGGGCAGCUGACCCAGAGCUGCGAGGCCGUGAGCCAGGCGUGGCAGGGGCUGGAGCGACAGCUCGAGAGUCUGCAGCACGGCCCCCCACUUGGCUGGCUGGUGGGGCCCUUCGCCCUGCUGGGCAGCGGGCAGCAGCUGUAAGUGCCCGAGCAGGGAGUCCCAGCCUCUCUGAGGGCCCUUCCCUGGCCAGAGCUGGCUCGGGGCUCCCUGCAGGCUGAGCAGAGAGGCAUCAGCUGGGCCAUGCCCCCUGUGCCUUUUGAACCGCAGACCCCAUCCUGG